AUGGUGCAAAGCGUGGCCGUGAAGAAGACGACCAAGGACGCCGCCUUACUAAGCAUGCAAAGAAAGCCAACCAAGCUGUACGAGACCAGCGGGAAUUCCGAGGAAAUUACCCACGCCCACCGGGUGGAUACAUCAAGCCGGAACGAAGUGCAGCGGUGUGGUCCCCGUCGACCCAGAAGCCCAAGCGAUGAAGCCCUCGAUUCGCACCUGGCCGAGCUGACCGCGGCAUGCUGUGCUUUGUUUGCCAGCAGCCAGCACACAUGGCUCGGGAGGCAAGAACACCUCCUUCAAGCGGUUCAAGGCGAGGGAACGCAAAGCGAAGAUGCAAGCGAAGCAAAUGAAGAAGCCCCCACCGCCCACCAGGGAAGAUGGCGGGCGUUGGAUGCGGCUAACAGUGUGUUGGAAGUUCAAUACUGCCCGGACACCGGCGCAGACCAGAACAUUAUGCCACAGGCCAUGGUGGACAAACUUCAAGUGUUACAGCCCCACUUCAAGUAG